AAGCAGGCCGGUAACAUUACAGUAAAACACUGAUACUGUCUUAUUUCCGUCUUGAGACUUUCACAACCCCCCAAUAUAAAAUAAAAAAAAUAUAUAGUACUUAUUACUGUUAAGAAUGAAAGGAAAAUAUGCAACUUUGCUUGGUGAUAUUUCUUUGGAAACUCUUCUGUACUAACAGAGACUCACGAGAAGUCUAUUUAAACUCUAUUUUAUAUGACAUUUUCCCAGUAAAACCAUUCUAACUUGCAAUUAAAUGUAUAUAUUUUACGAAUAGACCUACAUAUCGUCCUCUUGUCUAAUUUGACUUCCUUCUCUGUUAUCUGGCGUCACAAAGUAUUCCUACAGACACGAGCUCGCGCCACAGAGGCCGUGCGCAUGCGCGCCAGUGUUUUCCAGGGACGGCGUUCAUCGGGCAGACAUGUUUCUUCAGAGGAGUCCCACUAUGGCAAAGGCCGGGGAAGCGCCCUCGCCGUCCGCAGCCCUUUCCCGACGUGCGUGACGCAGCGCGCCGCGUGUAAUAUUCAUGAGGCGAGGCGAGCCCUUCCAGCGCGUCCGACCGCAGAGGGGAGCUUGAAUGAGGUUGAUGCUGCUCUGCUGCUCCUGGAAGGACGAACGCAUGGGAGAGGAGGAAGCCGGUGGCAGGUUGCCGGAGUGUGCGGGCUGCAGUCAGCGCAUCUAUGAUGAGCAGUACCUUCAGGCCCUGGACACGGACUGGCACACGCUGUGUUUCAGGUGCUGUGAGUGCAGGGCGUCUCUCUCUCACUGGUACUAUGAGAAGGACAGCCGGCUCUUCUGUAAGAAGGACUACUGGGCUAAGUUCGGGGAGCUGUGUCACGGCUGCUCGGAGCCCAUCACCACCGGACUCAUCAUGGUCGCUGGAGAACAGAAAUAUCACCCAGAAUGCUUCACCUGCCUGAGCUGCCGAGCGUUCAUCGGUGAUGGAGACACGUAUGCUCUGGUGGAGCGAUCCAAACUGUACUGUGGACACUGCUAUUAUCAGACGAUCGUGACCCCGGUCACUCUGCCCGACUCGCCCUGCUCCAGGAUCCCUCACACCGUCACGCUCGUGUCCAUUCCUGCCUCCACCGACGGGAAACGAGGCUUCUCCGUGUCCAUCGAUCAGGGCCCCAGUCCCAACGGCUUCAGCCCCGAACACACACACACCGUCAGAGUCUCAGAGGUGGACCCAGAGUGCAUCAGUCCAGACGUCAAGAACUCUAUUCAUGUUGGCGACCGGAUCCUGGAGAUCAAUGGAACCCCGAUCCAGAACGUUCCUCUGGACGAGAUUGAUCUGCUGAUUCAGGAGACCAGUCGUCUUCUGCAGCUGACCAUUGAACAUGACCCUCAUGAUCACGGGCCCUCGGGGGACCAGGUGGACGGACCCACGCCGCCGUCUGAGGAGCCCAGUCCCAUCACGCCCAUCACACGGCCGCCCAGCCAGGACAUCAACAACCUGCGCUCGCGGAUCAUCACGCGCAGCUACAGCAUCGAUAAAUCCCCAUGCUCCAGUAACACUCCGUCCCCGCUGUCUCUGAGGAAAGACAUCGGCCGCUCCGAGUCGCUGAGGGUCGUGUCCAACCGCACGCACCGAAUCUUCAGAGCCUCCGACCUGAUCCACGGAGAGGUGCUGGGCAAGGGCUGCUUCGGACAGGCCAUAAAGGUGACACACAGAGAGACAGGAGAGGUGAUGGUGAUGAAGGAACUCAUUCGAUUCGACGAGGAAACGCAGAGGACCUUCCUCAAAGAGGUGAAGGUCAUGAGAUGUUUGGAUCAUCCUAACGUUCUGAAGUUCAUCGGCGUCCUCUACAAAGACAAGCGGCUCAACUUCAUCGCCGAGUACAUCAAAGGAGGAACGCUGAGAGACAUCAUCAAGAAUAUGGACAGUGACUAUCCGUGGAAGCAGAGAGUGAGUUUUGCUAAGGACAUUUCCUCUGGGAUGGCGUACCUUCACUCCAUGAACAUCAUCCACAGAGACCUCAACUCACACAACUGUCUGGUCAGAGAGAAUAACAGUGUCGUUGUGGCGGAUUUUGGACUGUCCCGACUCAUGGUGGAGGACAAGAAUCCAGACAAGCUGUCCUCGGGACAGAUCCCGGGCGUGAGGAAACCCGACAGGAGAAAGAGAUACACCGUGGUGGGAAACCCGUACUGGAUGGCUCCCGAGAUGAUUCACGGGAAGAGCUACGAUGAGAAGGUGGACAUCUUCUCGUUUGGCAUCAUGCUGUGUGAGAUCAUCGGCCGAGUCAACGCCGAUCCCGACUUCUUGCCCCGCGCCAUGGACUUUGGGCUGAACGUGAGCGAGUUUUUGGACGAUCACUGCCCGACUGACUGCCCCUCCACGUUCUUUCCCAUGGCAGCGCUCUGCUGUGAUCUGGACGCUGAGAAGCGGCCUGCGUUUGUGAAGCUGGAGUCGUGGCUGGAGAACCUGAAGAUGCACCUGGAGAUGGGUCUUCACCUGGUGUCCGAGCUGGAGCUCAUUCAUCAGGACUUCUGGAGGAAGCACUCGAGGAGCAAGAACGGCCUCCACACGCACCCAGAGUAACAUGUGAACGCAGCACAACUCCACCGCUGUUUCAUCGCGCUAAUAGUCCUCGUGUCAGGCAUGUCCCGCAGUGCACAUACAGUUAUAUACACUUCUAUAAAUGUUUGACACAUUGUAUAUGUGCAGACAUUAUUUUGUAUAGUGAUUGCGCUUUGGCGUACUUUUAUCUGGAUGUUUGCUGAAAUGCAAGUCCUGAUGAGAAGAUCAGGAAAAUAAUGAACGGUCCGUGUCCGACACGUAAAAUGUCCCACAGCUCAGCUCUAAGCUUCACGGGUCAGAUGAACGGAGGGACUCUCUCUUACCCCCAAAUCUAAAAUACGUGUAUAUAGGUGCAUAAAACAACGAAGCCUUUUCUUUAAUGAUGAUUUAUUAUUUAAACUGUAAAGUAACUAAGCACCAUGUUAGUAUUUGUUGUAAUGAAUGUAUUUUAUGGUGAUUUCUCUCCAAGAUCUUCACAGGCUUCGUGUUCUUGUGCAAAAUCAGAUUCCUUUCUAUUGAUUUGGGGUCAAUCUCAUCAAGUUGACAGGACUUCCUGUGUUUUGUGGUGAUCUCAACCAAUCGGAGUGCUCGGUACGGUUGGACUUAUCCCAGGCCUGUGUUUGAAAAGCAGAGCCUGAUUUUAGACCCGCAUGUGGGACGGAGCGUCUCAGGGUCGGCCCUCACUGAGUGUGUGUGUGUGUGUGUGUGUGUGUGGUUUAAGAAGACACAAAUGUGUAUAAUGACAUGGGUACUAAACAUGGUUUAUGAAGACACUUCCAAAACAUGGAGAUAUCUACGGAGAGUCCCCAUAAACCAUAAAAACAAUUGUACGUGUGUGUGUGUGUGUCUCCUCAUGGGAGCUUCAGCUUUACUCCACACCGCUGGUGUAAAUAUCUUCUGUGGAUGCUCUGCAUGCGUCACUGUCCCGUCCUCCACUACUGAUCCAGCUGUUCUCGUCAAGAUCUACAGAUGUUAUUAAGAAAACACAAAGGAGGACCGCCAGGAAAGCACGUGUACAGACGUUAAAAAAAAAAAAAAAAAAAAAAAGUAAAAACAGCCUCUUCUUUGCUCUUGUCGAAUAGAACCACUAUUUUCUCUUUUGUAAGAAGUUGAAAUGCUUUGAUUUGCACUAUAUGUGAAAGCGGUUUGGUGAUGGUCCCUGAAGGAGCCGCGGGCCCCGGGCAGCAGAUGAUCCCAGUGCAGUCACCUCAUCAGCGUGUCAGGUGUGUGUGUGUGUGUGUGUGUGUGUGUGUCACGCUUUCCACACCGACACCGGCUUGCUUGAUCAGGAUAAGAAACAGACUUAAAGGGUCAGUUCACCCAAAAAUGAAAACCUGCAAGAACUUCCUGUCUCUUCAGAACACAGAUGGAGAUAUUUUGGAUGAUAUCUGAGAGCUCUCUGACCCUCCAUACACAGCUGAGAGGCUUGCACCAUAAAGACCCGAUGAAAUCAUCCGUGUGACUUCUGGGAUCCAACUCUAAUUUUCCCAAGUUAUGAGAAUAUUAUUUGUGUGCAAAAAAACUACUUUAUACAGCAGUCUCCCUAUAGUUUAAGGUUAGAGAGUAUCUGCUGAAUGUAACCAAACAGCUUUGUCACACCGAUACGUUUUCUAUGUUUACAUUUAGUUUUGAAAGGAAAUCUCUUAUUUUUGUCUUACCUGCGUUUAACGUGAGUCUCCUUGCUUGUGAUAAUUACACUGCUUUCUACGGGAGGAUCAGAGAAAAUAUAAUUCAUCAGAAAUAUCUUAAUUCGUGCUCCGAAGACGGGUUUGGGAUGAAACGAGGAAGACUAAUUAAUGAGAGAAUUGUCAUUUCGGGGUGAACUGAGCCUUUCAUUCUGGAGCCCUGUUGAAACCGGAUCACAACGAUCUCAGUAUUGUCGUUAACAAGAAGCCAUAUUAUAUGAAAGCCAUUGGAGAGAGCUGAUGAUGAGUGCACUGUUCAUGUGAAAAGAGCACUUCAUAGACGUCACCCUCAGGGUCCCGCUGCUGUCCGAGAAGGUCACAUGGAGUCACGGCUCAUAUCUGUUCACAGACUCGUCCUCAUCAGUGAGAAAGUGCUGAGGAAGCCAGAGGUGGGUCUGGCCGUAGAAUGCUGCAGCUCUUCCUUCUGGAAGCCAUGGUUUUUUACCUCUCCACAUCGCUGUGCCUUUGUUUUAAGCUAGCCUUGCCAACGACUUGUCGUGUGAUUCGAGCCGGACGAGUUCAUGUCUUCAUCGCUUACCUGUUUCCUUUCGUCUUCUAGACGUUUAUAUGUUCCACAUCUCCGUGUUUUAGGUUUAUGGUUUCCUGUGAUCUAAUGUUUUUACUGAAGCUGUGAAAACGACUCUGCACUUUAAACGUACUGGCCGUGAACGGAGGAGAUUCAGGACAGAAUAAAGAGAUGCUCCUGAUGAAA